GGAACGGUUGGAAUGAUAAUAUAUGUUCGUACUGUCUAAAAUAUCAAGUUCAAGUGAAUCAAAAGGCUUUCUACAGUUUUUCUUGUUUGGUGUAACCUUCGUUGAGAGAUUAUAUAAUUACCUUGUAUCCCUGCAUCGAUGAUUGUAUUUUUGUAUCCAAAAUUCUUGAAACGUGGAUCAAUUGAUGACUGGGGCAUCUUGUGUGUAAAUAAUUUCUUGGAACUAGAAAUUCCUGCUGCUAGUGUUAGAAAUUCGGUUUCACUAAGACCGACAUACUGAGGUUUCUUCAAUGGUUAACGUCAAAAUAUGAAUUUGACAUGGUUACUGAUGCUCGUGACUAGUCUUAAGGAUAUUAAAGCUUUACCAGAAAUAGUCAGAAUAGGAGGAUUAUUUCAUUCAUCAGAUAGUAAACAAGAAGUAGCUUUUAGAUAUGCGGUUGAAAAAAUAAAUGGCAACAGAGAUAUCUUACCUAAGUCACGAUUGAGUGCACAGAUUGAACAGAUAAAUCCUCAAGACAGUUUUCACGCUUCGAAAAGAGUAUGUCACUUACUAAAAACUGGAAUAGCCGCGAUUUUUGGACCUCAAAAUGCACAUACAGCAUCUCAUAUCCAAAGUAUAUGUGAUACAAUGGAAAUUCCACAUCUAGAAACAAGAUGGGACUUUAGACUAAAGAGAGAAGGCUGUCUUGUGAACUUGUACCCACACCCGACAACAUUGUCGAAAGCUUACGUCGAUUUAGUAAAUGGAUUAGGCUGGAAAGGAUUUACUAUAAUUUACGAAAAUAAUGAAGGUUUGGUUCGAUUACAAGAACUACUAAAAGCUCAUGGCCCAAUAGACUUUCCAAUAACUAUUAGACAACUCGGAGAAGAAUCGAAUAUUGGUCAUGGUUACAGGCCUUUAUUGAAGCAAAUAAAAAAUUCUGCUGAAUCGCACAUCAUCUUAGAUUGUACUACAGAAAAAAUUUAUACAGUAUUGAAGCAAGCUCAAGAAAUUGGCAUGAUGACAGACUAUCAUAGCUAUUUCAUAACAUCAUUGGAUCUCCAUACUGUUGAUCUUAGUGAAUUCAAACAUGGAGGAACCAAUAUUACUGCUUUUAGAAUUGUUAACCCUGACAGGACACGAGAAACUAUAAGAGAUUGGAUUUUUGGAGAACAACGUUAUUUUCGUAAACUCGAAAUUGAACACACUGAGACUGAAACUGCACUGAUGUAUGAUGCCGUUUAUUUGUUUGCUCGAGCUCUUCAUGUUUUGGAUGCUUCACAACAAAUAGAAAUCAAACAGCUUUCAUGCGAGUCAUCGGAUACUUGGGAUCAUGGAUAUUCACUUAUUAAUUACAUGAAGAAUGUCGAAAUGGAUGGACUAACAGGAGGUAUCAAAUUUGAUAACCAAGGUUUUAGAUCAGAUUUUGAACUUGAUAUAAUAGAAUUGAAUACAAAAGAUGGCUUGAAAAAAAUUGGAAAUUGGAACAGUACUAAAGGAAUUAAUUUUACUCGUAGUUAUGGAGAAGUAUAUACUCAAAUAGUAGAUAGUUUACACAAUAAAACAUUUACUGUGACUACUAUAUUGAGUGCGCCAUAUUGUAUGUGGAAAGAGUCAAGUAAGAAGCUAUCUGGUAAUUCACAAUUUGAAGGGUAUAGCGUCGACCUCAUUCAAGAAAUAGCUCGUAUAUUAAAAUUUAAUUACACAAUUCGAUUAGUACCAGACGGUCGUUACGGCUCAUAUAACAGAGAAUUAAAAGAGUGGGAUGGAAUGAUUAAAGAACUUUUAGAUCAAAAAGCAGAUUUAGCUAUAGCUGAUCUUACAAUAACAUAUGAUCGUGAGCAAGCAGUUGACUUCACAAUGCCAUUCAUGAAUUUAGGCAUAAGCAUACUCUACAGAAAACCAAUAAAACAGCCUCCUAAUCUAUUUUCUUUUUUAAGCCCACUCAGUUUAGAUGUUUGGAUUUACAUGGCUACAGCAUAUCUCGGUGUUUCGGUACUUCUAUUCAUUUUAGCAAGAUUUAGUCCAUAUGAAUGGGAAAGUUCUCAUGCAAUCAAUAAUCAAGCACCCAUGAUGGAAAAUGAAUAUACACUUCUGAAUUCUCUGUGGUUUACAAUAGGAUCCCUCAUGCAACAAGGAUCAGAUAUUGCGCCAAGAGCGAUAUCAACAAGGAUGGUAGCCGGAAUGUGGUGGUUUUUUACACUUAUCAUGAUAUCAUCGUACACAGCCAAUCUUGCAGCUUUUCUAACAGUCGAACGUAUGGAUUCACCAAUUGAAAGUGCAGAAGAUUUAGCAAAACAAACUAAAAUCAAAUAUGGCGCUUUGAAAGGAGGAAGCACCGCCGCUUUUUUUCGAGAUUCAAACUUCUCAACCUAUCAACGUAUGUGGCACUUCAUGGAAACUGCAAAACCACCGAAUGAAGUUUUUACAAAAAGCAACGUUGAUGGUGUAGAACGGGUUGUUAAAGGAAAAGGAAGUUACGCAUUUUUAAUGGAGUCUACAUCUAUCGAAUAUGUAAUAGAAAGAAACUGUGAAUUGACUCAAAUUGGUGGACUCUUGGAUUCGAAAGGAUAUGGAAUAGCUAUGCCUCCAAAUUCCCCGUAUAGAACAGCUAUCAGUGGAGCUAUUUUGAAACUACAAGAAGAAGGUAAACUCCAUGUUUUGAAAACAAAGUGGUGGAAAGAAAAACAUGGAGGUGGAGCAUGUCGGUCCGGCGGCCUUUUUGAGCAAUGUUUGGACAGCCCGAUCCCGAUAGAUGAGGGAAGUGACAACGAUAACGAUGACGAUUAUGAAGACAUUGACGACGACAACGGCGAUAUUGACUAG